GGGGAAGAAUUCCCCUCCGCUUUCCGGGAAUUCUCAGGCUUUCUGGCUCGGGCUGGCGCUGCCGCUGCCACCACGCACCGCGGCUCUGAGUCAUCUGCGUGGCGAGCGAAGCCGUGGGAAUGAAUGUGCGAGACCCUCGCGGGAGUCGGCGCUAGCGCCGGGCGGGCUGCGGGAGGGCAGGGAGGCGCGCGCCCGAAGGCGCGUGACCGGCGAGUGGGGGGGCGGAAGGUGGGUGGGUGGAAGGGUGGGGAAGCGAGACUGCACGAGGAGCCAGCCCCGGAGCCCAGACAGGCGAGCCGCUUGCACGGCCCCGGCGCGGAGCGGCGGCUCGGACCUGCUGCGCCCCGCGCAGCCCCAGGUAAGCGGCGCGUGCUGAGGGUGCAGAGCCGCGCUCCAAGUUGGGCUGUGCGAGCCUGUCCGCCAGCGUGGGCGUGCGGGGCUGCCCGGAGCUAAGUUGGAGGAGCCUCGGGGACUACUGCAAGAGUUGGCCCUGGGCACCCGGCGGGGAGCCUGCGAAGCCGCGGCCCCUGGGCGGGACCGAGCCGAGCUGGGCAGGGCUGGGAGACCGAGGAAAACCCGCGCCGCGCCGCGCCGCGCCGCUGGCGAGCGAAACCCGGCCGAGUUGCCUGCCAGCCGCGGCUCCCGCUGGGGCUCCCAGUCGCCUUACCCUCCCGGACCUGCAGCCCGCGGCCAUCCGUCCGCAAAGGGGCUCCAGUUAGUCGAGGGCAGCCGGGCUCCUGCCGCCUCCCUACUUGGCCAUUUGGAGAAGAACAGACUUAACACCAAGCAGCUGGAGAAGGAGAAACCUAAAACCUCCAGCAGGUUUUGAUUGGAUUCUGGGAGGCUGCAGGGAUCCUGGCUUCUCUCCUGGCCCCGAACACCAGUCUGCCUGGCCCAGCUGUGGAAGGCCAAGGGAUAGGAUGUGCAGCCGGGGCCAAGGGCAGCCCACGCAGAUGAGGCGAUCAGGGUAGAAGAAGUUCACCCGGGCCCACGGCGUCCCCCCGACCCUCUUGCUUCUGCUCUCCCCCCCCCCCCCGUCUGGGUCGGGGCCAUCAUCUGGAGUGUCGCCCCUCUCCGUCAGCAGGGGUUUUAUGUCUGCUCCUGAGGGGACCGUAGCCAUGUAAACGAAGCCCUUUGCUUCUUGGCGUCCCGGCCACUGGGGGGAAGAGGCUGCCUUCGCUGACCGCCUGGACCCAGCUGACCAACAUGCCCCGUGGUGGAUACCUAAGUCUUUAUCUCUGUAUUUUCCUUGGCACUAUCCGGGGGGGUGAGGGUCUGGAGGCCCACACCAAAGAGUGUGCCAUUACAGGGAGCCUCCGAGAAAAGCUGCAGUACAAGAAUCGGCUCCGGUUUAUGAAACACUAUUUCCCCAUUGAUUACAGGAUCAGUGUGCCCUAUGAAGACGUGCUCAGAUUGGCCAACAUCAGCAGGCUGCAACAGGCGGAGGUGAGUCAGCCAAAUCUGCGGUACCUGUGGGCCUCGGUGAACUGUAACAUUAUGGAAAUCAUCCAGAACGUCUUACUGAAAGAUCACCCGUCGUGGGCUUAUAUUCAGGAGAUAUAUGAACUUCUGAUCUAUGUCCGGGAAAUCGCAAUGGACCUUCAGGUGGACCCAAAGGUGGAGACAAUCUUGACUCUCGCAAACUCAGGCAGGGACCGAAAGCUGGUGAAGCCGAAGGCACUUCUUGACAAUUGCUACAAAGUUAUGGACCUCCUCUACUGCUUGUGCUGUAAGGAGAGCAACAUUCGGAACUGGGAAGACUGCGUGGUCCCCCAGGCUCAGCCUCACAGCCGGCCCCCGCCUCCCCAGUGUUCAGGCCCCGCCACUCUGCUCUACCAUCCUACGCAACCCCGAACAGCCCUGGUGCGGGAGAGAGAGCUGAGACCCCUCCAGGUGGAGGCUGAGCCUUCAGGGAAGGCAAAGCUGGGGGAAGAGCGCUUUAUACCCUGAGCAAGCCCUUCGACCCUUGACUCUGCUCUGGAGCCCAGUGGGGCUGCUUGGGCCCAGCCUCUCAAGCGUCUCAGGUCUGCGAUUCUCCUCUCGGCAUUUGGGAGGGAGGCCCUUGGAGACCCCUCUGCCCCCAUUCCCAUCGGGGGAGGAGUCCCGUGUGGAGCAGCUCAGAGAAGACCCUCUUCCUUCGGAGGAAAUCUUGUGCUGAAGAAGAGCUUAGCCGGCUGCUCCCUCCCUUCUCCCCACAAGUCUUGUCUCUCUCUUUUUCCUUUUGCCUCAGAAGCCCUUAGUGACUGGAGCUCCGGUGGGUUCAGGUGGGCGGGACAGAGGCCUUUCCCAUUUGUCUGCUUUAGCCCUUGUCCUCAUGGUUGGGAAAUUGAUCCCGGGCCCCUGCCAGUGCAGAAUAAUGAGAUGAGGGGCUCCUCAUACCAGGAGAGCCAAGUCAGACCCCAGUGGAAGGGGGCAGCUUCCUCCAGGAAUGACUGUAGUCAGUGGGAAUAAAGCUGGAGUGGCUGAUGGGGGAGAAGCCUGAGCUUCAAAUUAGGUCCCCCGAGAGAGAUCUGUCCCUGCCAUUUGCCUCCAUUCUGAGGAAAGAAGAGGCCAAAAGAAGGAAGGGAAUGGUGUAAAAAUGCUUUGAGCUCCUCAGAGCCAAGGAACACUGGGGAAAUCUGGGGCUCUUGCAGAGCCGGAAGGGGAGACGAGCCAGCCUUCUGCAGUGAUCCAGUGGCAAGUUCUGUUGAGCUUGUGGCCUGGGGGCUAUUCUAGGAGAGCCGGGAGGCGCCUGAGAAGGGGAAGAACCAGUGCUGGAGAAUGCCCUCUGUGCAGCUCGGAGGAUGUCUCCCAGAGAAGGAAAACCACAUUCUAUAGAGUGAAGGGGGAGCACUACGGUUCCAAAGAAGCUCAUUGGGCCUUUGAUGCAGACCCAUCUAAAGCCCUUUGGCCUGGGUUGGAGGGUAGAGGGAAUGGAGAAAUGCUGGGGGCCCCAUUCCUUUUUUAGAGUCCCAUCCCCUGAAGAACUUUCCCAGGAGGCCCAGGAAGAGCAGCUUAGCUUCUGGAGCUGCUGCUCCCCUUGGCCACCAGGAUCCGUUAGGGGGAGGCUGCAUUUUGGGGGGUGUGUGUGGGAGUGGGCAAUGGAGCGAGGAGCUGCGUUCAUUGGAGACAACAGCUGGGGACUGGGAAGGAGGAACGGGGUGUAUUAAAAUGCUGUGUCUUGCCAUGCUGAUUCUUUUCCAUUUCUUUAAUUUUUUUUUCUAUUAAAUACUUGUUUUUCAUUUGA